UUAAAACAAGUUUAAAUGAAUAAAUAUGUAAAAAAAAUUACUCCUCCUGUCAAAAUUACCCUCGUGUCUAAACUACUCCCACUGUCUGUUUUGAGGGAUGAGGUACAGAAAGAACUUCAUCGUGAUGCAGAUUAUCCGUGUGAAGUCGUUGGAAGUUGGAACACCUGGUACGGUGAACAGGAUCAGGCAGUGCAUCUCUGGAGGUAUUCUGGUGGAUAUCCUGCUCUUACAGAGUGUUUGCGUAAACUCAACAGCAAUGUGGCGUAUCUUGCAUUUCGAAAAGAGAGGAGUAAAAUGUUGAUCUCCCGACACAACCAGCUUCUUCUGGAGUUUAGUUUCUGGAACGAGCCUCUGCCCAGAAGCGGCCCCAACAUUUAUGAACUGAGAACAUAUCAGCUACUAGUAAAUAACAUGAUAGAGGACUCAAAUUUUUGGGCUCGAGCAAUCAAAUAUAGACAGGAAAACAAUGAAGCAGUGGGUGGCUUCUUCACACAGAUCGGUGAAUUGUAUGUUGUUCAUCAUUUAUGGGCCUAUAAAGACCUGCAGUCCAGACAAGACACCAGAAAUGCUGCUUGGUUGAAAGAGGGCUGGGAUGUCAAUGUGCACUAUACAAUGCCUCUUAUCCGAAAGAUGGAAUCAAGAAUUAUGAUCCCCAUGGAACAUUCACCUCUGCAGUAAAAUCAAAACUGUUUCACCUCUGAUGAUCCCAAAUACACAAUCCACCAGGAGAUAUGUACUGUUUAGUUGUGACUUUACUCAAACUCGCCUGAAGUCUUCAGGUCCUUCUAGAAGUAGACAGACAGUUGUGUUAGAGUAGAGCAGGACCUAAACUCUGAAAGAUGUUGUGCAAAAGUGUGCCAGUGUUAAAGCCAAUCUGAGAAUUACAUUGACAGACCCCAGUGCCUUUGCGUGAAGUAUAUAUAUCAUUAAAAAAUUACAGUCUUGUUUUUAGUCAUCAUUCUCCUUUUCUAAUGCCUCAUUUGGCCCGUUGGAGUGCAUGAGGAAACUGCCUGUCAACAUAACUUUUCAUUUACAAUAAUAAUA